AUGAUUGACGUAGUUAACAUUUUUAGCAAAGGAGGUGUCAUACUGUGGUCAUACAGUUUUUACGAAAUAGACGACGAGACUAUAAGAACAAUUGUAAAAUAUGUUUUAAUUGAAGAGAAGUAUGAUGAGUUUUCAAAAAAGUAUAACAAGUAUCAUGCCAAAUGGAAACUGCUAAAUGAUAUGGACAUUGUUAUUCUUAUUAUUUAUCAAGGCAUCCAAAAUUCUGCAUAUUUAGAUAAUUUGUUUAUAAAAAUUAAAAAAACUUUUAUAAAAUUAUUACCAAAAAAUUUAGAUUAUUUUAACGUUGAUUUACCUUUAAAUUUCGAUAGACUCUUUUUAAAAAUAGUAGAAGAUAUGGAUAAAAAUGUGGUAAAUGUAAAUAUGAACAGUUCAGGUAAAAAUAAACAGUCAAAAGGUAAUAAAUCAAGAAAGAAAAAUGAUAAAAGUGGUACAACUAGUCGAAGUAAUCGAAAUGAUCGAAGUGAUGAGAGUGACACAACCGAUCUGAGUGAGGAUGAAAAUUAUGACAAAAAAAUCAAGGGACAAGGGGACGAAGAAGAGGAAGAAGAAAAAAAAUUGCUUCUUAAUGGAGAGGAUAAGAGUUAUUCUAAUAAUAAAAAAAAAAGCAAAAUAAAAAAAACUGCCCGAGAAUGGGAAUUAAAUCAAAAAAUAACCAAAAAAGAUAUAGAAAAAUUAGAUUAUUCUAAAAAUGAAGAAAAUAUAAAUCAUUAUAAUGAUAAGAACAAACAGUAUGCUGAAGGUGAUUUUGAAGAUUCAAGUGACUGUACUAGUGAUACGAAAAAUAAUAUUUUAAAUAAACUAAAUGAUUCUUUUCUUAAAGUAUUUUCGUAUAAUAGUAAAAUAGAAGAAGAAGAUAUUGAAACCAUUUUAGAAGGAAUAAAAAAUAAAUUACUCUCAAAAAAUGUAGCAGUAGGUAUAUGUGAUACUUUAAUAAAUAGAAUGAAAGAAAAUUUAAUAGGAAAACGAAAAACACUUUUUGCAAUGAAUGUUAAAAAAACAGUGUCAACUGUCUUAUCUGAUACUAUACAAUCUAUACUUACUCCAAAAGAUUCUGUAGAUGUAUUACGAGCAGCUUUAGAAGCUAAGUCAUUAGGACAGUUAUACUCUAUCGUUUUUUUAGGUGUAAAUGGUGUUGGUAAAUCAACGAAUUUAGCUAAAGUUUGUUACUAUUUAAAAAAUAAAGGAAACUUAAAAAUUAUAAUAGCAGCAUGUGAUACAUUUAGAGCAGGAGCAGUUGAACAGUUACGUAUACAUGCCAACUGUUUGAAUGUUUUUUUAUAUGAAAAAGGAUAUGGAAAAGAUGCUGCUGCUAUUGCGAAAGAAGCAAUUUUAUAUGCAAAAAAAGAAAAUUAUGAUGUUAUAUUAAUUGACACUGCUGGAAGAAUGCAAGAUAAUGAACCUUUAAUGAGAUCUCUUGGCAAAUUAAUUUUAAUUAAUAAUCCCAAUUUAAUUUUAUUUGUUGGUGAAGCAUUAGUUGGAAAUGAUGCCAUAGAUCAACUAAAAAAAUUUAAUCAAGCUUUAAUGGAUGCUACUUGUAACACAAAUAAAAGGACAAUCGACGGAAUAAUUUUAACCAAAUUUGAUACCGUUGAUGAUAAAGUAGGCACUGCACUGUCCAUGGUUUAUUUAACCGGGAAACCAAUUGUUUUUGUAGGCGUAGGUCAAAAAUAUACACACUUAAAAAAAUUUAAUGUAAAUAUGGUCGUUAAGGCAUUAAGUUAA